GGCAGUUUACUCGCUACCUCCCUCAUCUCUCUCUCUCUCUCUCUCUCUCCCUCUUUCUUUCUCUCUCUCUCUCAUACACACACACACUCAUGCAUACACACUAUCUCCCUUUACACACACACACGCACUGGAAGUCCGCCGGCUGCCUCUGAGCCACACUAGAAGCUUCACAGUGAGGAGAUCCUGGUGACAUUAUCCAUCCCCUCUGGAUGUUUGCCUGCCUGCGCUCGUCUGUCUUCAGGACUCUUCCUGCUCAAGACGCUGUGUCUGUGUGUGUAUGUGUGUGUCAGAAAGUGUGUGUGUGUGUGUGUUCAUUCCCAGUCAACAGCACAAGGCUGACACUUCCAGAUCCGAUGCUGCUUGUUUGGACUCUUGCUUUUGUUUGCUGAGACAGCGUGGAGGAGUGUUAACAUCGGAGCUGCCGGGAAAUUUGGCAUUGUUUUUCCCUCCCUUUUCCUUCGCUGGCACACAAAGGGCAGAAGUGGAUGCCUGGAUUUUUCGGUGGCUGCGUGCCGGAGCAGAGUGCUUACCUCAGGAUUUGCAGUCGAGGGGGGGGAUAUGAUAAACAGCUGCGAGGGGAGGACGGUUUGCACUGCAGCAUCAGACUGGCAUCUCUUGCUCUACGUUGGGGAGUUUUUUUUGCCUCUCGAGGUUGCACACAUGCACAUAUUUCACACCCAGCAGCAGCAGAGCCUGGCUGCAUUUUGCAUUCAACAAUGGAUUACUGCUGCUUUAAGGACAGGUUCCCUGCCCGCUGAGGGAGAGAAGAUGCUGAUUUAAGAAGAACAGAAGGAACGCUUUGUUUUUGGGGCAGAAGACGGGACAAGCAACUUCAGGAUUAAAAAAGAGACUUGGAUGACAGGAUGACAGCUGCGUCGAGCUGAAACCACCCCCUCCUCCUCCCUACCCCUUCCAGUCCAAACAUGAACUCCUCCUCCGAUGCGAACCAAAGCGGUUCUCCCCCGUUCUGCCUGCUGGGUGCCGUGGGUUACUCCCAUAGCCUGGAUACCUGCGUGCUGGAGGUGGUGGUCAUCCUCUUCCUCACCGUGCUGAUCAUUUCCGGCAACCUGGUGGUGAUCUUUGUCUUCCAUUGUGCCCCACUGCUGCACCACCACACUACCAGCCACUUCAUCCAGACUAUGGCCUAUGCCGACCUGCUGGUGGGCGUCAGCUGCCUGGUCCCCUCGCUGUCCCUUCUCCACUACCUCCGAGGCCUCAAUGAAGAGCUCACCUGCAAGGUCUUCGGGUAUAUGGUUUCUGUGCUGAAGAGCGUCUCUAUGGCCUCGCUGGCGUGCAUCAGCGUGGACCGCUACAUAGCCAUCACCCGCCCGCUGUCAUAUGCCACCUUGGUGACGCCAUGCCGGCUGAGGGUGUGCAUUGUCCUCAUCUGGGUUUACUCUGCUUUGAUCUUCCUGCCAUCCUUCUUUGGCUGGGGGAAGCCGGGUUACCACGGGGACAUAUUUCAGUGGUGCGCAGACUCCUGGAAGACCAACCCCGGGUUCAGCACCUUCAUUGUGGGGCUCCUCUACGCACCAGCAGCACUCACCGUCUGCUUCACCUAUGGGAGUAUAUUCAGGAUCUGCAGGCAGCAUACGAGGGAGAUCACCCAGCGUCACGCCCGGUUCAGCUCACAGGCCGAGGGCGAUAAAGGCGAACGGGGGGAGCGGUGCGAGGGCUGCCCAGACAAACGCUACGCCAUGGUGCUGUUCCGUAUCACCAGUGUCUUCUACGUGCUGUGGAUGCCAUACAUCCUCUACUUCCUCCUGGAGAGCGCUGGGCUGUAUCACCACAAGGUGGCAUCCUUCCUCACAACCUGGUUGGCGAUCAGCAACAGCUUUUGUAACUGUCUCAUCUACAGCCUCUCCAACAGCGUCUUCCGGAAAGGUCUUGGCCGCCUCUUUAGUCCAUUGUUUCCUUCCUGCCUCGGCUGCACAGAUGCUAAAAAGGCUCCAGCUCCAGUCAGCCCACGACCAGACCCUCGAUGCCAAGUAUGAGCCCCAACAACGGUGGAUUUGGUUGGUCACUUUGGAGGCAUCGGCCCUCUGUGUGUGCUUUGCUCUCAGCUGCGUAGCAUGACACAGGUCUUUUUGGUCCCACAGUGAAAUGUGUUGAGGACCGCCUGCACGGAGCACAGAGAGGUGGCCGUGCAGAUGCCUGUUGGUCGUCUGAAAGGCUGAAUUUGUGGAAAAUGGAAGGCUGUGAAAUUCCCUCUGGGUCUUUCUCAAAUGCUCUUCAGUGUGAUGCUGCUUUUUCAUGGCUGCAAGGAUCACAACCUGGUGACACUGAGUAAAGAAGUUUGGUACUGAUUAAGAAAGUGGACUGCAGGAUUACGAUUCAUGUGUCAGUUCAGAGGAUAUAUUAAACACUCCUGCCUGCACUGACUUAAGAACUCCCAGAUGCAAAAAAAGAAAGCACAACACGACUUGUGUGUGCGGUUCACUGAAAUGCAAAUAAUAUUUUAAAUAUUUUCAAGCCUGACUGAAAAAUCUGCAAAUUGCCUUGGUUUUUUCAGGGUAGAAUUAGGUAAUGCAAAAAAUGUUAAACACUUGAAACAGACUACUGAUCUGUUUCCUUUGAGAACUCCAGAUGCUAAUUAGUGUUUGAAAAAUAACUGACCAAGAACUUGCCUGAUUAUCAGCCUGUGUGUGUGAGUUAAAAAAUGUGUAUCAGAUAGACGUUAAUCUCAUUUCCCAGAGAGAAGAUUGAGGUUUAUUUAGAAGCGCAUGUGUGUUUUAUCAAAAUGAUUCCUCUAUUGAAGUUGGGUGUUAGUAGGAAGCUCCAAGUAUGUUUACACAGUCUCGGGUUUCAAAUGAAAAUGUCGAUUUAAGAAUUACCUUUACUUUCCAAAGGCCACCGACCCGGACCACUGCAGACAGUGGCAUAUCCUUGUCAAAGAGACAAUAAAUUGUAUUCAUUUGGAGAGUUUUAUUCUCUGUUUGUGUUUCCUCCUCAGGGUUAUCAGCAGUUCUUUGUUAAGCCUCUGGGCUGUUUGCCUUUGAUCUCAGCUGAAACAGUAUAUGACUUUUAAAUCACAAGCCACGUAGCGUCGUAAGAUAAUCACGUCCUGACUUUGUUGUGCAGCCUGUGUCAGCGUUUUGAAUGAAUCUGCUGUCUGCCGGGACCCACACAAGCCCGACUUCAUUAUAAUCUUUAUUGGUUGUGUCUCACUCUUCAGCUCUCCAAUUUCUGAUAGCUGUUCAGAUCAGUGUUAAGUGGAAGGAGAAGUUUUAACAUUCAUGCAUAACAAGCCCAACCUCAGUGUAAGAGGGUCCUUGUACUUUUCUGAGAGCAAGUGAAAGCUUGUGGCUUUUUUAGCUUCAUGUAAAUACACUUCAGAGUUUAAAUAUUUAAACAGUGGCUAACUGGGCCCUUUGGAGGAUUUUGGCAGCCCCUGAUGUAAAGUAGCCCUCCAGGAUUACAAAUGAUUUUGUGGAUAGAGUGUUUUGUUUUAUAAGAUAACUUAUUUGUCACAGCCAAGUGGUCUGACAUACUAAACUGUUUUUUUUACAGUGUUGAGAAGGAGAAGUAUUUCUUUAUAUAUUGUAGGAAGAUUUCAGAUGUACAGUUUGGUUUUGAAGUCACAAUUAAAUGGCAUUUCUGAGAGCGUCUUGCUCCUGAAUUUGACUUAUUUGUGGUUAAAAGAGGGAACACUAAAUGGAUAUACGGACACCCUCAGACCUCUGGGGCUGUUUCAAUGAUUUGGGCUCCUUAGAUCCAAUGAGAGGAAAUUACAAUGGUUUUUUAAAGGCAAAACACAGCUUUUUGUCAAAAUCAGAAUUCUUUUCAUCUGUUUUACUGUAUAAAAAAAACAUUAUGCCAUAGAAAUAUGUGUGGGGAAACUGCAGGCAAAAUUUGCAGUGAACUAAACUGAACUAAACAGAAACCAAACCACAGUUGCUGCACUCUGGUGUUGUAAUUUGUAAUUUAUUGGUUUAUUAAAGAGGGUAUGUUCACAUGAACAAGUAUUUCUCUAAGGAACCGUCUGUCCCAUUUACUGCACUUUGUCACAGAGAAACAGCGAGCUUAGUAAGAGAGCCAGCCUCUAACAAGUUCAAACAAGCUAGCCUUAGCUAAACUAGCCUAGCUUAGCAGAGUAGCAGUAACUGCCAUCUCAGCUUCUGACUGUUGUGGAUGUCACAGGAUUUAUUGUGGCUGCUUUUAAAUCAAAUGUUUUAAAUUACUUAUUGAUUUAUUGAUGUUGAUUUCUAAAUAAUUAUCAACAAAUAGUGGUUAGAAAUAGUGUAUUUUCCCCUCACAUUCCCUGAAGAUUGUCCAAAGGUAGAAUUCAGAUAUUAGGUAGGCUAUUAUGCUUGGUCUGUGCUGAUAAUAUUGGAGUUCAAAUCUCAUCUAUCUAUUACACUGUUUCCUGGCCAGCCUGAAAAAAGGAACUUUUGCGUUGUCUGCUUUAUUUCUCUUGUUAAUGCACACAGCUAUCAGCUGUAUUAUAUUAGUGUCGCUGUGGGACGAGACAAAUGUCUCUAGUUGUUAUUACUCCUGACUACCACAGGGCAGCAACGAGUAGUGUUCCUACCUGUAAACUACACUUACUGUCUUGGUUCGUGGGCAGGAGGACUUAGUGCAAAAAGAAUGUUAAUGUUAACCAAGCCUGGCUACAAUAGUUAGUUAAUUAAAAAAUUAGCUCACGUUGCCUGAACUGUCUAGGGUCACUGUGAGGUCGGGCGAAGUUAUAUCACAAAUUGGAAAAUCAAGGGGCUGUGUUUAUCUUCCGGAAAUUUCUGUAAUUGUAAUUGCGUAAUUCAUUUUGAAAAUGUAAUUAGUUACACUCCUUGUUACUGCCAAAGGUAGUGAAUUACCAUAACACCCAACACUGCAUGUCAGGGGGUCAGAGGUCAUAGGGUUAGGGUUCACAGUUUAACCGGUGCAAUGGGCACACUGGCUGCUGUCAAGUAUUGAGUGUCCCACUGACCCUGCUGCCCCCAACACCUUCUAUUUAUAUAACAUUUUUCUAUGUAACAAUAUAUGUUAUGUAUACAGUGUCUGCUAUGUAAUUUCCUGCAAAGUGUUGACAUGUUUGAUCCCUGCUUGAUUUGACGUGAGAGAUGCUCCUGCGACAGACUAUAACUGCAUGAUUCUGGAUUAAUGUUCCUGUCUCAUGAUGCUACUGAGAGCAAUCCUGACUGUACUCCUUGUCUUAGUAUCCUAACUACUGUUGUGUAAUACAGAUGGCUUAUCGUGUUAUUUACGAGGGCCAAGAGUUCCUGUUAGUUACGGUUCAUUUCAGAAAACGAGAAUGACCUGCAGAAAACCUUCUGGCAUGCCUGUGAUUUCCUUCUGAUGCUGCUGUCGGGACAAAAUGACGCCAAUCUGCAAAAAGGGAAGUUUUGUAAGGAGUGAAAAAAAACCAAACCAUUUUAAUUCGACAAGUUUUAAGAGCUAAAGCACCAAGAAACUCGAUUACUGCACAAGUGACAAUGAAAAGACUUAAAAUAUUUGCAGUUUGUGUUAUUUUUCCUUGACAGCAGUGACAUGCUGCUCAACUGUGGGAGUCAGUGCAAUACAACUUGCUGGUGUUCCCUCAAACUACAACAAAUCAAUAAUUGUAGAAGAAAAAUCAGAAUGAAAGGGUUUUUACUAUUUUAACUCUGGUUGAGCCGUUCGCUAUUCAGCAUGUGAUCUUAAUAAGUGACUGAAAAUCUGCUGCAGAUUAUUGUAAUAAAAGAGGUGUAAUUAUGUGAUUAAAAUCCGAUAUCCUGA